AUGGCGGACAAAUACUCUGCGCAAGACCUCUCAGAUGCCGCCCUAGGAGGGCCAAUUGGCCUGAAAGACGGCAACUUUGUCGAUGGCCACGGCCGCACACUCACCCUGCACGGGCUCAACAUAUCAGGGGCCAGCAAACUCCCCACAAAACCCAAUGGCCUCUCUCAUCUCACCGACGGCUUCUUCGAGCACCGCACCGUGACCUUUAUCGGCAGGCCGUUCCCCCUAGAAGACGCGCCGCUUCAUUUCAGACGCCUGCAGACAUGGGGGCUUCCCCUCGUGCGUCUCCUCGUUACCUGGGAGUCGCUCGGUCACGCCGGGCCGGAUCCCGAGACCGAUCUCGACUUGGAGUACAUCGACUACUUGCGCAAGCUUAUCGAGCUUAUGCCGAAGUACGGCAUCAAGUGCUUUGUGUGCGCUCACCAGGACGUCUGGAGCAGGUUCAGCGGCGGCAGCGGCGCCCCAGGAUGGACAUUCGAAGUCGCGGGGCUUGACGUGGAGGCCUUCACCGACACGGGCGCCGCUUAUGUCCAUGGCCAGGACGAGUUGCGCCGCGCAAGCGCGCCAGUAAAUGAGAAGGAACCCAGCGGUCCUUUUGUGUGGCCUUCCGGGUAUCAGAAGUUGGCCGCAUCGACAAUGGCUACCCUGUUCUGGGCCGGAGACGCUCUUGCACCAAAGCUGCGUUGUCCGCAUCCACGGAGCUCAGGGAAUGACAGCACUGUCUCAGUGCAAGAAUACCUUCAAUACGCAUUCAUUGAAGCUUUUGGCCGGUUAGCAGACGAGGUCAGCGGUCUCGAAGCAUGCGUUGGGUUCGAGCCCUUGAACGAGCCCCACCGCGGCCUCGUUAACCUUCACGGUUUUGAUGGCUGGAACUAUGACACCGAUCUUCACAUUGGAUACUACCCUUCCUUGACACAGGCGCUUGCUCUGGCUAGCGGAUAUGCCCAGGAAGUGGACUACUAUGUCAAGUCGUGGCCAUUCCCAACACGUGUCUCGCAUCGAGCCCGCGUGGACCCGAAGGGAAGGUCGGCCUGGCUAAUUGCAAGGUCGGAUGCGGCAAAGCCCCAAAACUACGGACUCGGCGAGUGCGUAUGGCGCGCCCAUGGCGUAUGGGAAUGGGACGAGGCAAAUAAAAGUCCAAAGGUGCUGCAGAAGAACUAUUUCGAGGUGGACCACCGGCCGGGCCAAGAGGGAAAACCGCUAGAAUGGUACCGGGACUUCUACGGCCCUUUCCUGAAGCGCUUCUCUGACCGUGUCUCCCGAAAUUCUCCGCGCCAGUUCUGCUUUUUUGAACCGAUACCGAACGAGUUCAUGCCGCCAUGGGUUGGGGAAGGGGACAGGGCGGAUGAGUCCACGCACAAACAAACAUACGCGACCAAGACUGUCAUCGAAACGCAGAGGCCAAAUAAUCUCGUGUUUGCGCCUCACUUCUACGAUCUCAAUGUCUUGUUCAGCAAGCACCACUCGUGGAUGAGCGUCAAUGUGCAGGGCGCGUCGAGGGGCAUGUUCAUUCUCAGAGCGCUCUACUUCGGUACGAAGGCGCUGCGGAAGAACUACCGCCUCCAGAUUUCCAACAUCCUCAAGUACGGGAAGAAGUCGCUGGGACGACACGUCCCGGCUCUUAUCGGGGAGGUAGGCAUCCCCUUCGACAUCAACGGCGGCGAGGCGUUCAAGACUGGCAAGUACGAUAAGCAGCGGGAGCUGAUGCAUGCCCUCAUCUCGGCCAUGGAGGAUAACCAGGUAGCCUUCACGCUUUGGAACUACAACCCCGACAACCGUGUCGAGUACGGCGACGGCUGGAACAUGGAAGACUUCUCUGUCGUCAACGGCAAUACUGAAGCCAAGCCUGGCCAUAUCCUCCCCGACUAUACCAACGAGGCACAUGAAGAAGAUGAGUUGUACCGCGGUGGGAGGGUACUUGACGUCAUCAUCCGCCCGUACGCCGUCAAGAUUGCCGGGCGACCCUUGCGGUCGGACUGGGACCCCCAAACCCUGCGGUACGAGUUUGAAUGGACAACAGAGACUCAAGAGGCAAGCAAUACGGAGAAGAAGCAAUCGGACAAGUCGCGGACGACCGAAGUCUUCAUACCCAAAUACCACUAUGCUGAGCGCAGCAUCGACGUUAAGGUCAGUAGCGGAGAAUGGUCGUAUGAUCCUAACCUGCAGACGCUCUAUGUCAUCCACGACACAAGCAAGACAAAGCACCGGCUGAGCGUCAACAUCUCGAAUGUGCCCCGACACCUCAUGGAGACGGUGGAGCGGCGGCGGCGGGCGUUUCCGCCGCGCUUCCCCCUGAACCUGGUUUCGCCCAGCACUGAGCUUGCGAUGAGGGAGUUGAUGAUGACGGUGCUGUUGCCGGGCUUUGUCCUCAUCCUGCUUUCAGUUGCGCUGAUGUUUAUAUGA